CUCUUCUCCCUCAGAUUUACUGCCUCUCUUUUGAAGCUUUUAGUUUUAAAUUUUUAUUCAUCAUAUAAGCUCCUGCAAGUUUGCUUCUUUUUUGGUUUUUUUGGCCUGCAAGUUUACUCCUUUUUGAUAUAUUACUCAUAGGGGUGAUCGCCCUACCCUGUAAAGGUCCGGUUUCAAGAUUUUGAAACCGGACCCUACCCUGUUGAAUCCUGGAAUCGGAACCUACCCGGAACCUGAAACCUGUAUAUAAUACAGGUUCCGAGUACCCCGUUAAAAUCUGUAAAUUUUUUCAAUCCACUAAUACAAAUUUUGAAAAUGCUAGUUUCAAUCCUUGUGGACUUGCUAUUACAGGCACAAUAGUCGCCGAAUUCCUUAAUAAUGUGCCCCUGUUGAAAUCUGUAAAUUUUUUCAAUCCACUAAUACAAAUUUUGAAAAUGCUAGUUUCAAUCCUUGUGGACUUGCUAUUACAGGCACAAUAGUCGCCGAAUUCCUUAAUAAUGUGCCCCUGAUCAUUUCUUUACAACAGUAAUGACUAGUAAUGUGUCUUCAAGAAUCAUCACAGAACCUAAACCCCCAACAAACAUAACUGAGUCCCAUCUUUACAUGGAAGUGAUAGGAAGUACAAAAUCUGUAGCUUAGAUUUACAAAUCAAAGAAUGAAAACCAGAAGUUGACUUAUAAUGUCUUCAAUCAUGCAAAUCAAUAUUAUGAACUCAAUACGGUUAAAAAAAAACAUUGAAGCAAGUUUACUGGUUGAAGUCUCUUGGGAUUUUUUGCAAUCAUCAUAAUUGGAAUCAUGCAUUCGUGCAUAUAGUAUCACAUUGAAAAUUAUCAAUAUUAUAAGUUAUCAUAUAAGGGCAGAUAAUUCUAGACUAAGAAUCAAUCCUAUAGGAACAAAUUCAAGUUCCUCAAGAAAAUAUAUGGGGAUCAUAAGCACAAUUUCAUUAUAACUGUAGUAAGGAAGUCAGGAAACAAAAAUCUGAAGUAUGGCAGGUUAGUAUCACACUAUGGUAGCCAUUGUCUAUUGUGCAGACAACCAAAGAAAAUGCAAAGUCAGUAGAACUGACAGGAUGGUGCCAACGCCACGAUGCCAAACAACACCACACGACCAUGCCUUGUACACAGACAGAUAACAUUAGAUACGAAGCAUUCAAAGUCACUGAACAAACAAGGAACAAAUCAACAGGGCUUUUAAGACUGGAGUAACGAUACCAAAUCAGCAGGUGAGCAUUCAGUGAGCAGCCAAGGAAGCAAAUCAAAAAGACAUAUUCAACCGAGAAGCAGUAAUGGAGAGAGAGGGCCGACGAACAUACCUCUACUGCCGAUGCCUCUCCCAAAAAGCCUCAAAUUGAGCCGAGAACAGAGCACUGGAAGGGGCUCUUACUAUUUUUGAAGUCGAGAAUCUCUGACCUCAAGUGACAGAAGACACUAUCUCCGCCAAUAACUCCUGACGAAGUCCUGCUUUUCACUGUGAAUCGCACCUCCUUUGCCCGGUGAUCCUCACGGACUCACAGUCUGCAUAAAGGCACGGGAGGUGAGUAAUCGAUGAAAUUGACGCUUCCCACUCACUAAUCGGGAGUUUCCGACCUCGAUCAGAGCAAGAGCCCUGGGAAAGGGAAACCCUAACCCCGACGGCAGACGAGCGCCGCCCACAGAGAGAGUAGAGAGAGAGAGAGAGAACAGGUGGUGAGGUGAUACUGAGGUGGUGAGAACAGCUCUUCCCAAUCCCGACUGAUACUGAUGAGGGUAACUUUACCUUCUUUUUUUUUUUAAGUAAUUACCAUCCGGUUCCGGUUCCGGUUUUGGAUACCCCAUAGGUUGGAACCAGAACCGGAACUGGAUUUCACCGAUUCCUUAUUUUGAUUCCCGGACCUUACCCUAUUAUUUUCAAUACGAGUUACCCGGACCCUACCUAUCGGGUAGGUUCUGACCGGUUCCGGGUAUACCCGGUAUCCGUGCACACCCCUAAUUACUCAUGUAAUUGUGUUUCAAUUUCCUCCCAAUGCCUGUUGACUGCUGGAUUGUUAUAGCUAUAGGCGACGACUGAGCUUAAUUGACUGCAGCUUUCCCUAAACAAGUCUUCAUCUUUCUUUCAAUCAGUCUCUAUCCCUUCCUCAGCUCACCGUUGCUGACGAGCUGCUCUCUCUCUCUCUGCUGCUUCGUGCGCCAAUCGAGUCCGAUCUGCUGCUGCUGCUGCAAUCGAGUUCGAUUACAAAGGUUCCAUUUUUACACACACACACACACACACACAUAUAUAUGUAUAGAGGAUUGGGAAGGUCAAGCUGUGCAGUCGCUAUCCAUCCUUCUGACGGGCUAUAGGCGACGAAUGAGCUUGACUGACUGCAACUUUCUGAUCCUGAUGGCGACAAUGUUCAACUUGGCUCAGUGUUCGGAAAUCGGGGAUCGGCUGACCGCGCUGCCAGAUGACAUCCUUACUCAAAACAUUCUCUCACAUUUGCCAAUGAAAGAAGCAGUGAGAACUAGCAUCUUGGCACAUGGAUGGAGGUGUCUCUGGUCAUGCAUUCCCGGCUUGGAUUUGGACUUCGACUCUGCUGAAAAGGUUGCGGCAUGCACUCGUCAUAGCCGAAAAGAAAUGUUUUGCAAAGGCGGCAAAGCAGCGUUUGAUUAUGUCAAGUGGGUGGAUCAAGUUGUUGGCACUUGCAGUAGGAGCUCGACUGCUUUACAUCACUUUCGUAUUCGCUUUCGCUUGGAUAAGAGCUUUUCCCACGAGAUCGAGUCCUGGCUUAUCUUCUCCCUAGGGAAGGGAGUGGAGGUGCUUGAGCUCGAUUUCUGUCUAGAAGAUGACAUAGACGAGGAUCCCCGCUAUGUGUUGCCCUCCAUUCAGCCCCGUCUAUUUCCCAAACUUAGAUUACUGAAAUCGCUCUGCCUUGGUGGCUUAUCCACAAGUAAUGAUUCUCUGGAGCAUCUCUUGCUGGCGUGCCAGUUCCUUGAGAGACUGCACCUUCGCAAUUUAGCCUCUUUAUCCGAGGUCAAUAUCACCGGCCCCGUGUCGAGGUUGAAAUACAUAGACAUAUUCCGAUGCAAAACUGUGCGUUCGAUCAUGAUAUCGGCCCGUACGCCUGACCUGUUGUCAUUCACAUACCCGGGUUGGGUAGAAGCCGUGCACGUCGAGCAUGCACCUCGGCUUGUUGAUCUGAUCAUCAGUCAAACUAAGCGACGGUUGGACCAUUUCGAUCUUCUUGCUCACCCACUCUUCUGCUUUGUUGCCCAGCUCCAGUCCCUUCACCUAAGCAUGCGGUCUUGGCACAUGGUAUAUAAUUGGUUGCCUCAUCUUCCGAACCUGAGCGGUCUGAAGCACCUCAAGCUGUCAUUAGAUGGUCUAAGUUUUCUCGAUAAUCAAACUCGUCGAGCACAGAACCUCCGUGGUAUGGUUUCCCUGAUAAAGGCAGCCCCCUGCGUGCAACACCUAACACUGCUGGUGGUGUCUCCACUCGACCCAGAGCUAAAGAUCUGUGAGGAAUUUGCUAACUUGAAUCUUCAAUUUCUACGAGUAAUAGAGAUUGUGGGGUUUAGGGGGCGGGAGGUGGAAUCUGAGCUUGCAGUGCAAUCAUCUAAGUGUGCUGCAUCACUUGAGAAACUUAUCAUCGACCACCGACACCCAUCAUCGCGGGGAUGCAUCAUCGGCGAGUAUGGUGGUACCAAGAGAGAGAGAGAAGAGUGGAGGAGGAGUGCCUUAGAGAUCCAGCAGACGCUGCCAUCCGAGGUGCUUAUGGUUGUUAUUUAAUUACAAGACUAAUGAUAGAUUUUUAUCUGAGUUGUUGAUAUCUAAUUACAAGACAAAUGAUAGAUUUUGGUGUGGACAAAUUAAGUUACAUCCCGUUAUACUGGAUAGAACAGUUAAAAUGGCCCCGCACUUGGUCGCGGGUUCCAUUUUGUGUUAUUGUUUUUAGAAAAUAAAGUAUCAAUAUUAAAGUUAUGAAUAAAAUUUAUAUCUGUAUAUA